AUGGCUGCGCCCUUGGUGCGAAGGGUUUUACAGUUUUCAAAGAUUAAUACUAUGUCUGGACAUCAGCAAUUUUUAUCACCACUAUGUCUUCUAUUAAAUCGUUCUCCACCUUCACCAACUACACAAUUUCCUGUGGUAAAAAGGACUUCAUUUAUAGAUGCAUUACGCUUUCUCUGGAGAACGCCCAAUACUGAUUUACCGUAUAGCAUAGUUGACCCACAGGAGAUCAGUCCGAUAAGAACUGUUCCAGAUCAUAUAGUGAGGCCCCCGUAUGCUGAAACUGGAAAGGUUCCACAAAAAGAUAAAAAAUGGUCGUACAAAGAUGAAAUAGACAUAAAAUACAUGCGUAAAUCCUGUAGGAUCGCUAGAAAGAUUUUGGAUAUUGCUAGCAAGGAAGUGAAGAUUGGAGUAACAACAGACCAUAUUGACAAAGUAGUUCAUGAUGCAUGUAUUGAACAUAACUGUUAUCCGUCAACUCUUAACUACAAUGGAUUCCCCAAGUCCUUGUGUACAUCUGUUAACAAUGUUAUGGUUCAUGGCAUACCGGAUUCUAGACCUCUUGAAGAUGGCGACAUUAUUAAUUUGGAUGUCACGGUGUAUCAUGAUGGUUACCAUGGUGAUGUGUCAGAAACUUGCAUAGUGGGAAAUGUUGAUGAUGAUGGAAUACGCCUCAUUGAAACUGCAAAAAAAUGCCGAGAUGAAGCUAUAAAAGUCUGUAAACCAAAUGGGAGGUUUAUGGAUAUUGGAAUAACGAUUGCGAAAGUUGCUACUGAAGCAGGUUUUUAUACCUGUCCCAGCUUUAUGGGGCAUGGCAUAGGAAAGAACUUCCAUGAAACACCAGAUAUUUUACACCAUGCUAAUAGAUAUACUGAUAUAAUGAAGCCAGGGAUGGUAUUCACAAUAGAACCAGUCAUUGCUGACAGUAAGACAUAUCCAAUGGUGCUGGAAGAUGAAUGGACAGUUGUGUCAUCAGAUAAUGAAAGAUCAGCACAGUUUGAGCACACCAUUUUAAUCACAGAGACGGGUGUGGAAGUCCUUACAAAAGGAGAAAAUGAAGACUGGUAA